AUGGCUGUCGACAGGCAUCGCGGGUCCCUUGGCCGGCCCUCCCUCCUCGCGGUCCUGCUGAUGCUCUUCCACUGCGGCGCCGCCCAAUUCUGCUCGUUCUGGAAUACAGGGUGCGUCGACCCCGUGGCUCAGACCGCCGUGAGCCUGCAAUUCCAACCCGUGUUUCCCGACCCCGUCACCUUCUUUUACGGAUUCGAUGCCAGUCCCUUGGGCAAAGGCGAGGGCCCCAUGACCAAAGUGGCCUACUGGCUUCGCUACCAGGACAACCACGUUAAUCACGACGCGGUUGAUGCGAAUCGCACCUCCGAAGUUGCCCUCCGCAUUGGCAACAUCACCGGUGUGCCGUCUGGCGGGAACAAUGGCUGUGAUGGAAUUUGGGGCCCGCCCUGCUCUGAGGAUCUGAAGGGAUCCCUCCGAAACACCAUGUUUCAUAUGGCUACAUCGGGCGAAUACCACCACAAACCCUUGGAAGCCGCCUUGGCACACAUGAUCGCCUGGCCGCCCACGUUGGAGACUUGUCCACCGCAGAUGUUUGAGGUGGCCUCCAUUCCAGUCCAAGAGUUUGUCUUAGAAUCAAUGCCUGACCAGAGGGUUUCGGUUAUGACCCCGGGAACCAGCGGCCAUCCAUGGCAGAUCUGGUACCUCGAUGACAUGACCACGCAGUCCCAGGCCUCAGAGGUUGCAGUCGGGAUCAUCAGCCGCGCUCCCUCCUACAACGGUCCCCCACCACUCAGCCCCGAUGACAUCCAGGUGCAGCUUAUUUGCCUUCAGGCUCCAUCAGGAAGGUCGUCGGGCUCCGAUUAG